AUGAUCACCUUUAGAGACAUUCAGAGCUGUCAGGAGCAGAAUCGCAAUCUGAUGCGCUACAUUCACUCGCUGGUGGAGGGCGACGAGGCGGCGCUGAAGAGCGACGAAAGGCUGGCUAGUCUCACCGCUGAGCUGGACAACUGCAAAAAGGAAGUGGAGCGCCUGCAAAGCAAACUGGCGGAGCGCAGCACCGCCGCUGACGAUAGUUUUCAGCGAUCUCGACAUGGCGACUUCAGCUCCUCUUCAGCUGCGGACGCUGCUGAAACGAAGGCGCUCAGAGCGAAGGUGGACCAGUACCAGCUGGACAUGGAGCUCUGUCGGCAGCAGCACCUGGAGCAGGUCCGCCGACUGGACGCCGAGAAGAACAAUCUCAUCUCGGAGAAUGUGACCGUUAAAUCGGAGGCCGCCAAACUUACCAGCGACCUGGAGUCAAAAACACUGCAGCUGGAGAAUGCCAACGUCACGCUGGAGAAGCUGGAGCAGGAGAACAGUUCUCUGCGUGAACGCAACAUUAAGCUGAACUCUACCAUUGAGCACCUGGAAAAGAGCAUCAUCUACCUCAAGUCGGAGAUUGAAGCGGCGAAGCAGUCGCUCAAGGAUGCGGAGACUAAAGUCGCGGUGUCUCGCUCCGAGCGCGAUGUGAUGAAAAACGCCGAGCUGUCCUUGAUUCAGGAGAAUGCUCAUAUUCGCGAGGAGCUGGAGAACCACAAGCGAAUCGUCUACCAACUGCAGGCUAUCCAGGCGAAUAACCAAGAGUCGGAACGGGAGUCGAUUCGCAGUCUGCAGAUGCAGUGCGAACACCUCAAAGCAAAUACUGAAUUUUACCAGAAGAAGGCGGCAAGUGAUGAGGAGAAGUGGGCCAAUUCAAUAGCCGCCUUCACCAGUCAAAUCAACAACCUGCAGAGUAUGCUCGAGAAGGAGAAGAAUGGCAACGUGGAGUGGCAGCGGAAGUACUUUGAGCUCCAGCAGCAGCUCAACCAGCAGCUCGAAAAGGGCGCUGCUGCUUUUGCAAAUCAAGCAGCAGCCGGCUCUGACGGCUCCAAUCUCAUUCCCAGCGCCGACCAGAAGCGUCAAAUUGCGCACCUGCAGGACGAGAUCAAGGUGCUGAAGGGAAAGCUGGCCAACUCUGAGGCGUCCUGCGAGUCGCUGAAGGCCUUCAACGCCUCGCUGGAGGAGAAUCUGGCGCAGAUGGUGGCGCACAAUGAUGAGACGCGAGUGAGCAUUGAGCGGGAGCUGCAGAGCAAGGCCGACGCCAUUCGCCAGCUGGAGCAGGAGAUUGAGGCCGCCCGCCAGAGCCACGAGACGAUUGUCGCGGAGAAAAACGCCCAGGUUGAGCAGGCACUCGCCUCGGCCUCGGAAAAUGUGAGCGUCAUUGAGGAGCUGAAGCAGCUGCUGGCGGAGGCGAAGGUGGAGACGCGCAAGGCGCAGGAGACAGAGCAGAGCCUGCAGGACGACCUCACCUACCAGAAGGUGAUCACCGCCAAGCUGCAGGAGGACUACGAGGCGGAGGCGGCCCUUCGCUCCACCGACGCCACCACCAUCAUUGGCCUGAAGCUGCAGCUGGAGAUGCUGCAGACGACGGCCCGGGAGAGGGAGGCGGAGGUGGAGCGGCUGAAGGAGCAAGUGGCCAGCAGUGCGCAGUCGCUGGAGAGCCGAAUCAAGGAGCUGGGUCUGGAGAAUGAGAAGCUGCAGCUGGAGCGCAGCGAGCUGAAGGGCGUCAAUGAGGUGCUGCUCAACCAGACUGAACAGCUCAAUAAUCAGCUGAUUGCCCUGCAGAGCAACUCCAGCCUCUUUGCGCAGGACGAGAGCACGCAGAAGGAGAACGCCAGUCAGAUGGCCGGCGUGGUCAAGUUCUACCGCGAGGAGAACGCCCAGCUGCAGGCGAAGCUCUCGGAGCUGGGCGAUGAGCACUCUCGCCUGAAAAUUGAGCUGGACAACUGCCUGAAGGAGAUUGAGAGCUUCAAGAGCGCCCUCGAGGCGGAACGCCAGUCGACGGCUCGGCUGAGCAACUCCAACGAGUACAAGGAGCUCUUUGCCAAGGCAGAGCUGGUGCCAGUGCUCACCGAGAACACCUCGCAGAUGCGCAUCGAGCUGAGCAAGCUGGAGCAGCGCAACAGGGAGCUGAUGGAGCAGGUGGCCAAGCUGGAGCAGGGCGCCAAGGAG